AGCCCACUGCAAGCUGCACAUCUGCCACUUCUCCUGCGUGUCCGCCAGUAAGCACGUCUUCAUCUUCGACCUUUGAACCUCAAGAGGCCAACAAUAGCAGUCAAUAUUCACUUUUUCUUAUUCCAGCAAACCUCCCUUCUCUCGCCAGAAACCUCCCACCUCUCCAUUGUGUAAGGUGACCCAAGCCAAGCUACUCAGCCACCCACCCACCAUCUAUCUGUCCCGGUCAUAGCCGUAGUGCGUCAUCGUUCUUGGAUAGGCACUUGCGACAGGCACACAGGCGUUCAUUUGCUGUGCUGAUCCCUGCGCCAGGCUUCUCCAAUCCCUAUCACCCCUCCAAUUCUCUCAUCCGACACCGCCGUCGCAAGACCUAACACCACCAUCGAGCCUCAGAUCAAUACGUUCAGUUCUUGGUCACCACACUGUGAUCUGCGUCCACUGAGGAAGGGUGGACUCUUGAGAACCCUCAACAGCCUCAACGGUCUCCGUCUUUGCAAGGGAGAGCCACAUCUGAAGGAGGAGCAGGCAGCUAGCAGAGACAAUGAGUGUAAAAGGAUUCACCAAAAGUAUAACUCGAGCGCCGCAACAAUUCAAGCAGCGCUUCAACAUCGGCGAGAACACCAAAGAUGCGGUCUACAUUGAUGCAGAAAGGCGCUUUGCUGAGCUGGAGAGCGAGACCAAGAAAUUGCACGAUGAGUCUAAAAAGUACUUCGACGCCAUCAAUGGCAUGUUGAACCACCAGAUCGAAUUUUCGCAGGCCAUCCAAGAAAUCUACAAACCUAUAUCCGGUCGUGUGUCCGAUCCCAACUCCUUGAUUCCAGAAGGGAACCCUGAAGGCAUACGCGCGUGCGAAGAAUACGAAGGCAUCGUCCGAGAAUUACAAGCGACAUUGAAACCGGAGCUGGAAAUGAUUGAACAACGAGUAAUAGCUCCAGCCGAUCAAUUAUUGGAGGUGAUCAAGGUCAUCCGGAAAGUGUCGGUCAAGCGUCAGCACAAACAACUAGACUACGACCGCCACCGAGCCACCUUGAAAAGGCUGCAAGAUAAAAAGGACAAGACUUUGAAGGAUGAAAAGGCCAUGUUCAAGGCAGAAAACGAUGUCGAACAGGCCACGCAAGACUACGAAUACUUCAACAAUCUGCUCAAGGACGAAUUACCCAAGCUCUUCGCCCUGGAGGCCGAAUUCAUCCGUCCACUCUUCCAAUCUUUCUAUUACAUGCAAUUGAACGUCUUCUACACCCUCCACGAGAAGAUGCAGGGCAUCAAUAUUGGCUACUUCAAUCUGACCUUGGAUAUCGAGGAAGCUUUCGAAAUGAAGCGCGGCGAUGUACAGGAGCAAGCCGAAGCUCUCUCAAUCGUCCAUUUCAAAUCCACUGGCGGCAUCAAGACACAACGUGGUGUGUCCAAGUACAGUGCGUCGGCAAAAGCGAAAGAGGCCGAAGCCGGCAAGUCAUCAUUUUCAUCCUACAGGAAAUCGGCGAACCCAGAGGAUGGCGUGGCUAAUCCCCCUCCACCAUAUUCUCCAGUCGGAUCAGCAAGCAGUCUGCCUAGUAGUCCGGCUUUGGGCGCGGCAGCUGCGGCAAAAGGCAAACCUCCGCCACCAAAGCCCAAGCCGAGUCGAUUAAGCGGUGUCCCAGGGGCAGAGACCGUGACGGCAUUAUACGAUUACGAGGCUCAAGCGGAGGGUGAUCUGAGUUUCAUGACUGGAGAUGUCAUCGAGAUCGUGACGAGAACACAGAACGAGAAUGAGUGGUGGACCGGUCGUGUCCAUGGGAGGCAGGGCCAAUUUCCCGGAAAUUAUGUGCGGCUAAACCAUUAAUACUUACCAAAUUGGAGGCUACUCUUAUAUAGAAAAUCCGUACAUUCUGCACCGAAGAACGUCUUGAAUGUCCCUGAGCUGUCAGAGCUUUGGUCUUGCGGCUGAUAAUUGGCGCAUGGCUGAUCGGGUUCAGGUAACACCAGGCAUUUGUCCAUAACCAAGUCAAUCUGAACAAAUGGUCUGAUAUUGAUACUGAUCCAUCCAUGAGUGCCAUCC